CGCCUUUGGUCACGAUAUUAUUAGCCUAACUUUGUCCGGCGAAUUAAAAAGAAUAUUCCGCCGUCACGUCUCGCGAGAAAAUUAAUACAGUGAUUAUUAAUAGUGAUGCGUAAUCGUGAAUUUAAUAAACGAGAAAUAUACACGAGGCAUAUGCCGGCAUAAUAGACAGGUGUCAGGUCGAUAAUAUCAAAGGAAUUAUAUCAGAGGAAUGUCUGUGUUACGAGCUGCGUUAUUCACUUGCAUUAGUAAUGAAUCUACGCUUUCGAGAUAUUCCUUGCAGAAGUUUGUUCUGCAAGGAAGGAGCCAGAAUGUAUGGAGAACUGCAAAGCGUGAAUUUAGUAAAAUUUCUCAAAAAUAUGCCACCGAAAAGGUGAACAAGCCAAAGCUUUCUUCAUGUCUAUUGAAAUUUGGCUUUAGUGGACUUGGAAUAACAGCUGCUUGUAUCUUGAAGUCACGUGAUCAAAUUGUAUUUUGUAAAGAGGCUAAAAGAAUAAGUGAUAUAAGUCCGGUCAUUCCGAGCAAUCCUGAAUUGACCUUUGAGUGGGCAAAAUUUUUCAAGUACUUGUAUCCACAUAUCUGGUAUUUAUUACUAGCACUGUCAAGUGCAUUAAUAGUUGCACUGUUAAACAUACAAAUACCACAGUGCGUUGGAAAUGUCAUAAAUGUGCUGACGGAAAUAUGUCAGAACAAAAAUGAAUCUGUGAAGCAAGUCAUUUCGCAGCUUACUCAACCAGCUUUUAAUUUGGGCCGCAUGUACAUUGCACAAGCAUUUUUUACCUUUGUAUAUAUUUAUACUCUUUCACAUGUUGGUGAAAGGGUUGCAGUGAGCUUACGUCAGGAUUUGUUCAAGUCCAUUAUUAUGCAAGACAUAGCGUUCUUUGACAAGACGCGCUCUGGUGAAAUAGUAAGUCGAUUGACCAGUGAUAUUCAAGAUUUUAAAAGCUCGUUUAAAAUCUGCAUAUCUCAAGGACUGAGAAGCCUCACACAAAUUAUUGGUUGUGUCGUCUCUGUAAUAGUGAUAUCACCGCAAUUGACCACUCUUGUGGUAUUCAGUUUACCUCCGAUAAUUUUUAUUGGUACUCUUCUGGGAAGAAGUUUGCGUAAGCUAUCGAUGGAGGCGCAAAAUCAAGUCGCAAAAUCCACCGCCGUGUGCGAGGAAGCCAUACAGAACAUCCGAACGGUGAGAGCUUUCGCCGCGGAGGAAAAAGAGGCGGAGAUGUUUUACAAAGAGAUCGAAUAUUCGUCCGAUUUGUACGAACGAUUAGGUUUUGGCAUAAGUUUCUUCCAAGCGGGGACGAAUUUACUGCUCAAUGGUAUCUUGCUUUCUACGUUGUAUCUUGGCGGACAGUUACUCUCCACGGGACAAUUGUCUCCGGGUAAUCUCAUGGCCUUUCUGAUGGCUACACAAACCAUACAAAAGUCUUUGGGUCAGUUGUCUGUGCUCUUCGGAACCUUCGUCAGGGGGCAAAGUGCAGGAGCCAGAGUUUUCCAGUACUUAGAUAUGCCGCCUUCGCCAAUGAUGAUCGGUGGUGACGUAAUCGCGGAUAAAUCUUUAGCAGGGAAUAUAGUUUUCAAAGAUGUGACUUUCAGUUACCCUACUAGACCCGAUACCGUUAUUUUAAAGAAUUUCAAUUUGAACAUUCCCGCUGGGAAAACCGUGGCUAUUGUCGGUACCAGCGGCAAUGGUAAAUCAACAGUAGCUGUAUUAUUAGAAAGAUUUUACGAUGUUGAUGAAGGCUCCAUUACUAUUGACGAUCGAGAUAUAAAAUCUCUUAACUCGAGUUAUCUCAGAGGCAAUGUUUUGGGCUACAUAAAUCAAGAGCCUACUCUAUUCGCUACCAGUAUUCUGGAAAAUAUUAGAUACGGGAGGCAAGAUGCAACAGAUGAAGAGGUUAUCGAGGCAGCUAAAGAGGCAAACGCGCACGAGUUCAUACUGAAAUUCCCAGACAGCUAUGCGACCGAGGUUGGUGAAAGAGGUACGCAGCUUUCUGGUGGACAAAAGCAACGGGUUGCUAUUGCCAGAGCUUUGUUGAAGCAACCAUCUGUUUUAAUUCUGGAUGAGGCAACAAGCGCGUUGGAUUAUGAAAGUGAGAAAGUCGUUCAAAAAGCGAUUGAAAAUGUUACGAGAGGUAGAACAGUGCUUGUGAUCGCUCAUAGGUUAAGUACCAUUAAAGGAGCUGACGUAAUCGUCGUGUUACAACGCGGUGUUAUUGUAGAGUUGGGCACGCAUUCGGAAUUAAUUAAACGCAAAGGAGUAUAUUAUACACUCGUUAACCAGCAGGAGAAAGAGAACAUGUAAUAAUGCAUGGAUGUGAUAAGACUUAUGUUAGAACAUGGAAAUUAUUGAUACAAACAAUUAAUGUGAAUCGGUAAGAAGGUAUUAUAUUUAUUAUUGUAUUUUCCCGUUUUAUAAAAUAAUUUUUUCUCUAUACUUUGAUGUACGUAUAGAAAAGUGGAUUUAUGUAGUAUGUAAAUUGCUCAUAACUACCUCAGAAACGGGAAUCAAAUUAUAAAUUGUUAUACAAUAAAUUAUUAUUUUAUCUAUA